AUGCCUGAACCAGCCAAGCCAGCGCCCAAGAAGGGAUCCAAGAAAGCUGUCAGCAAAUCUGCUGGCAAGCCCGGCAAGGGAAGAAAGAGAGCCAGGAAACAGAGCUACGCCAUCUACGUGUACAAGGUGUUGAAACAAGUUCACCCUGACACCGGCAUCUCAUCCAAGGCAAUGAGCAUCAUGAACUCGUUCGUCAACGAUAUCUUCGAACGCAUCGCCUCCGAAGCUUCUCGCCUCGCUCACUACAAUAAGCGUUCUACAAUUACGUCCCGGGAGAUCCAGACCGCUGUCCGCCUUCUGCUUCCGGGUGAGCUGGCUAAGCACGCAGUGUCCGAGGGCACCAAGGCCGUAACCAAGUACACCAGCUCUAAGUAA